CGACAAACCAGUUAAAUCUUCCAACAAUAGGAAAAAUUGAGCGAAAAAUGUGAAAAUCCCGAAGAUGUUUAAUAAGUUAUUGGCUAAACCACUUCAGCAAACUUGGAACAGUUCCCAUCUCUUCCCACCAAAACCCCCAAUUUGGCUCAUACGAAACACCCUCGCCACCGUACCUGAAUCUCCACCGCCUUCCGAAGACGCCACCGUAGCAAAACUCGUCCUCGAAUCAGAUCCAUCAUCCCUCCCCGAAACCCUAUCAAACCCCUCUUUCCAAUGGACCCCACAGCUAGUCAACAAUGUUCUCAAGCGUCUCUGGAACCACGGACCCAAAGCCCUGCAAUUCUUCAAACACCUAGAACGCCACCCAACUUACAUUCACUCCUCAUCCAGCUUCGAACACGCCAUUGACAUCGCAGCCCGUUUGCGCGAUUACAAUGCCGCUUGGGCUUUCGUGGGCCGAAUGCGGCCUCUCCGUAUCGGCCCGACUCCUCGAGCAUUCGCUAUCCUCGCUGAAAGGUAUGCGACGGGCGGAAAAGCUCACCGGGCAGUGAAAGUAUUUUUGUCUAUGCAUGAACACGGUUGCCACCAGGAUUUGAAUUCGUUCAACACAAUCCUUGAUGUUCUCUGUAAAACGAGACGCGUUGAGAUGGCGUAUAGUUUGUUUAAAACAUUCAAAGGUAGGUUUAAAUGUGAUAGUGUUAGUUAUAACAUAAUGGCGAAUGGUUGGUGUUUGAUUAAGCGAACGCCAAUGGCGUUGCAGGUUAUGAAGGAGAUGGUGGAGAGAGGAAUUACGCCAACGAUGGUUACUUAUAACACAUUGCUUAAAGGGUAUUUUAGGUGUAAUCAGUUGAAGGAAGCUUGGGAGUUUUUUCUGGAGAUGAAGAGGAGGAAGUGUGAAAUUGAUGUUGUUACUUAUACUACAAUGGUUCAUGGAUUUGGUGUUGCGGGUGAGGUUAAGAGAUCGAAGAGGGUUUUUGAUGCGAUGGUGAAAGAGGGUUUGAUUCCUUCUGUUGCUACUUAUAAUGCUUUGAUUCAGGUUUUGUGUAAGAAGGAUAGUGUGCAGAAUGCUUUGUUGGUUUUUGAAGAGAUGGUGGGAAAAGGGUGUGUGCCUAAUUUGACUACUUACAAUGUUGUUAUCAGAGGUUUGUGUCAUUCGGGUGAAAUGGAGAAAGCUUUGGAGUUUAUGAAGAGAAUGGAAGAACAUGGGUGUAGGCCAAGUGUUCAGACAUACAAUGUUGUGAUACGUUAUUAUUGUGAUGAGGGGGAACUUGAAAAGGGUUUGGAGUUGUUUGAAAAGAUGGGGAAUGGGACUUGUUUGCCCAAUUUGGAUACCUAUAAUAUUCUGAUUAGUGCUAUGUUUGUGAGGAAGAAAUCGGAGGAUUUGGUGGUGGCUGGGAAGUUGUUGAUGGAGAUGGUUGGUAGAGGUUUCUUGCCCCGUAAGUUUACUUUUAAUCGGGUGUUAAAUGGACUUGUUCUAAUGGGGAAUCGAGAGUUUGCUAAUGAGAUUUUAAGAAUGCAAAGCAGGUGUGGUCGUGUUCUUCGUCAUAUGAAAUUAUGACAACGUUUGGAUUUGGUUCCUCAGAACAGCCAUAUAUGUUGUCUCCCCUGCAUUACUGUGUAUUAUGAACUGGUUUUAUAGCUUGAUAUGUUGCUUCACAAGUUUGAGAUUAAAAGUCUUUUUUGGGGAAAAUGAAGCUCUCUGUGGUGCAAGCUCCACAGUAUUUGAAGAAAGAAUAAUGGCUUGAAGUAAAUUAUUUUCUUGCAGCUGGUGUCGCAUUUUUGACACAAUAAGUUUGAGAUUAAAAACCGAGUCUUUCAUGGGGAAAAUGAAGCUCUCUGUGAUGCAAGCUCCACAGGAUUUGAAGAAUAAUGGCUUGAAGUAAAUUAUUUUCUUCAGCUGGUGUCGCAUCUUAUGCACAUUGGUUUGACUUUCAGUCUGGCAGUUUAAUAACUGAGAAUUGAAGAGCUCCCUAAUUCACCACGGCUUUUUCAAUGAGAAAGUGCCCAUGGUAAACGUUUAGCAAGUAUCAUCUACAACGGAACACGGUUGGAGCUUCACAUACUAUUUCUACUUUUUUUUUUUUGUUAAUUCUACUGUUAGGCUUCCUGUUCGAGACUAAUCUAAUUGCAACCGAAAUUCAUGAGAAGUCAUUUACACUCCCUUCACUGGUUGCAAGCUGUGACUUGAUGCUUAUCAAUGUAAUUUAUAAGUAUUCUGAUAGCAUUCUCAAAUACCAUUGUCUUUAGCCUCUUCAAUCCUGAGCAUAUUAUCUUUGGAGUCUCAACAGUUUCAGGAUUAUUUAGAAUCUGAGUUCUUCCUGGCUUUUUAAUUCUAUCAUGACUAACUUGUAGCACAUUUCUGUCUGUAACAAAAACAUC